GGAGAUAGGCACACGAAAGCAACAGCGAAGAGAGAGAGAGAGAGGAGGAAGAGGUGAGGGGAGAAAAGGGAGAAGCCAAGGAAGAGGAGGAGUUGUUGGUUCUGGUCUGGUUGGAAUCGUCGGAGGCGGAAGAGGAGGAGUCGAGGGACGCCGGAGAUGGUCGAGAGCUGAGUCAGCGGAUCGCGGUUGUGUGGGCGGGGGGGAUCGGCCGGAGCAGGGACACUGCGGAUGGUAUUGGGUUUCGCCGGCGCCGGAGGCGGCGAUCGCGGAUGGGCGGCGGCGACGGCGGGGCGCAGGGGUGCUAGCAGCGGCGGCGUCGGAGGCGGAGGGGUUGGUGCUCGCGUGGGUGGUCUGCCUGGAGGAGGAGCGGCGGGGAGGGAUGAAGCGGGGGAAAGGGGGAAGGAAUGGGCUGCUGCCGAGCUCGUUGCGGAUCAUAUCGUCGUGCCUCAAGACGGUAUCGUCCAACGCGGGCUCCGUAGCGUCCACGGUGCGCUCGGCCGGGGCCUCCGUCGCCGCCUCAAUCGCCCCGCAAGCCGAGGACGAGAAGGACCAGGUUUUGUGGGCUGGCUUUGAUAAAUUAGAGCUCCAUCCGUCAUCUUUCAAGCAUGUUCUUCUUGUUGGUUACUCAAAUGGUUUUCAAGUGCUUGAUGUUGAAGAUGCUGCAAAUGUUUGCGAAUUGGUCUCAAAACGUGAUGGUCCAGUUACCUUUUUACAAAUGCAGCCCACACCCCUUUACUCUGAAAGCACUGAAGGAUUUAGGGCAUCACAUCCUAUGCUCCUGGUUGUUGCUGGCGACGAGACAAAUGGCUUGGGUAUGGUUCAAGGUGGUCGCUUAAGUGCACUUAUCAGAGAUACCAACAGUGAACCUCAAACUGGAAACUGCAUUUCUACCCCAACAGUUGUUCGCUUCUACUCAUUGAAGUCCCACACUUACGUACAUGUUCUUAGAUUUCGAUCUGCUGUUUAUAUAGUUCGCUGCAGCCCCCGGAUUGUUGCCGUAGCACUUGCGGCACAAAUCUAUUGCUUUGAUGCUGUAACUCUUGAGAACAAGUUCAGCGUAUUGUCAUAUCCUUUGCAAGGGGCACCUGGGGUAAAUAUUGGCUACGGACCAAUGUCUGUUGGCCCAAGAUGGUUAGCUUAUGCUUCUAAUGGCCCAGUAUUACCAAGCACAGGGCGUCUAAGCCCACAGAACCUUACUCCUUCUCCAGGAGUGAGCCCGUCUACUUCUCCUAGCAAUGGAAGCCUAGUUGCUAGAUAUGCAAUGGAGUCCAGUAAGCAAUUAGCUGCUGGUAUAAUUAAUCUUGGUGAUAUGGGAUAUAAAACACUGUCAAAGUACUGCCAAGAACUUCUGCCUGAUGGUUCCAAUUCCCCUCUGUCAUCAAGUCCAGGGAGGAGAUCUGUCAAACUUCCCUCUAGUGUGCAUCCACUGGAAGCUGACAAUAUAGGAAUGGUUAUCAUCAAGGAUGUGACCUCCAAAGUUGUUAUCUCGCAGUUUAGAGCUCACACAAGUCCCAUAUCCGCUCUUUGUUUUGAUCCAAGUGGAACUCUUUUGGUCACAGCCUCUGUUCAUGGCCAUAACAUAAAUGUUUUCAGGAUCAUGCCGACCUGUAUUGCUAAUGGCUCAGGCUCAAAACGCUAUGACUGGACAGCAUCUCAUGUUCACCUUUACAAACUCUAUCGUGGCAUGACAUCAGCUGUCAUACAGGACAUCUCUUUUAGUCAUUUUAGCCAGUGGAUAUCUAUUGUUUCAGCACGAGGUACUUGCCAUAUUUUUACGUUGUCUCCGUUUGGCGGUGAUUCGAGCCUGCAGCCACAGAAUUCUCACAGUGAUGGGCCACCUCUUGCCCCAUGUCAGUCAAGGCCAUGGUGGUCAAAGCCAUCAUUUCUUAUGGAGCAGCAGCUUCAUCCUGUACCAUCAACUGUGACAAAUUCUGUUGUCAGCAGGAUUAAAAACAGUAGUUCUGGUUGGCUAAAUACAGUCAGUAACGUGGCUGCUUCUGCAAGUGGGAAACUAUCAGUGCCAUCUGGUGCUAUCACUGCUAUUUUCUACAAUUCCAUUUUCCAAGGUUCUUUGCCAGUUCCAUCGAAGGCUAAUGCUUUGGAGCACUUAUUGGUGUAUUCACCAUCUGGUCAUGUUAUUCAACAUGAACUAAUGCCUUCGUCAGGUUCUGAGUCCUCUGACAGCAGCCCAACAGUUGGGCCUGGUGCCCAGUCGCAGCUACAAGAUGAUGAGUUGCAUGUUACUGCUGAACCAGUUCAAUGGUGGGAUGUAUGCCGCAGGACAAACUGGCCAGAAAGAGAUCAAGACAUUGCUAACGUUACAUUUGACAACCAGCGGAACAGCAUGAUGGCAGUGGAUACCUCUGAUUGUGAGGACAGCGAACACUCGGAUGUCACUCCAUCAAAUGAUGGUAUAUCAAGAAAAGAGGAUAUGCGAGUCAGAGAAAGAUCGAGCUGGUAUCUCUCAAAUGCUGAGGUGCAGAUAAGCUCAUCCAGGAUUCCAAUAUGGGAGAAAUCUAAGAUUUGCUUCUAUGUGAUUGAUCAUCCUGCUACCGAACUAGUGAAAACUGGUAGUGUUAAUGGUGGAGAAAUUGAGAUCGAAAAGUCUUCUCUUCAUGAAGUUGAACUCAAAAGGAGGGAACUGCUCCCUGCAUUUAAGCAGUUCAACAACUCUGAGCAAACUAGGAACCUUGCAAGGGGACAAUAUCAGAAAGCAUUAUCUGACAUAGACAACACACAGUAUAGCUCUGCAAAGGAUAAUGGUGUAUAUAGAUCCAAGCCAGCGCCCCCUAUAUCUGGAUUUUACGCUGAUAUGAGAAAAACUGAGAACACGAAUGGUUUAGCUGGGCAGUUAUUUUCUGGACCUAUCACUGAUGUGGAUUUGCUACCAAAUGGGAAGUCCAAUUCUAAAGCUGCAAAUUUGACUGCAAAUCAGAAAGUAGAUAAUGAGAACAUUAGUUAUGUGUCGACACCAACCGGAACAAUUGCGCCAGCCAUCAUGGCACAAUCUAGGGAGCACGUGGAUUGUGUACCUUCACAGAUGAGACCAUUGAGUAACUAUUCCCUCUUGGACCGACCUCUUGAUGAUGGAUCACUGCCUCCUGCAAGUAACGAAUCAUGCAGGCCUGAAAUAACCAAUAAUUCUUCAGUCAGCAAUGGUGUAACUGCUGACAUCCCAAAUGGGUGUGUCACGAGCGUCAAUUCUGGACAGAAUGAAACGCCUGACUCUGACAACUCGCUGGAGUUUACCCAGUAUUUCCAAGAGGGCUAUUGUAAAAUAUCAGAACUCGAUGACUGCCGUGAGUUAACUGAAGCUGUUACUGAUGCUGACAGCAGCAGCAGCCACUGCGAGAGAGAGAAGCCUGAGGAAGAUGGGGAUAAUGAUGACAUGCUUGGAGGUGUUUUUGCCUUCAGUGAAGAAGGUUAAAAUUUCUAUACUACUUUACGUGAGAUAGAUAAUGGAAAAUGGUUGCCACAACAUUCAGUGUGCAAUAUUAUGUAGAAAAUGGUGGAAUUCUAGUAGGCCUCCGUGGAAUAAAGUUGUGCCGAGAUGACAAUCUAUGUUUGGUACAUAUUUGAAAGGUAAAGCUUGCGCUCCAUGUUUAAUUGCCACAAGAUUUUUACUCUGGAGUUUGAGACGAAGACCCCUCCAGGCAAUUUACUGAUCCACGGAUCCACGUCAAGGGAAUUUGGUGUUGUCGAGAAGUUGCCACUGCCUGCCGCAACACUGCGCCCGCCCUUUUCUGUUGCUUUGUACAUACUGUAAGACCCAUUUGUUUUGUGAGAAACUUCUGGGACAUUGGAUGGUCUAAAACCUUGGCAAGCCAUAUUUGUUGACUGCUUCCUGCCAGGGCCUGUGAAAUGUCCAUGUUUAUUUGUACAGACUUUCUGUUUUAUUAAGAAAGGAAUUCUAGCAACAAUUAAUGUGACAUAACUGUAUAAAACAUUCGGUAAAAGAUUUCCAUUUACAAAGACGUAUUGUUCCCUC